UCCCCGAACAUGCAGUAUAAAUGUGCCCCCUCACCUGCACCGUUCUUAGUGCUUACAGACAAAUUUUCCAAGAGUCCUCACAUAGCUUAGAAGUACCAGAAAGUAGUAUUGAAGGUUCAGCUCAGCAGAAUGGAAGCGAAGUGCGCAUCCAUUUGGAAUGAGGAAUCUGAGAUGAUUGCUCACCUGCAGUCCAUGUUCUGGAACAGCAGCGAUGCUGAUGCCAGCCUUUCUUCUCCUAACAGUAGCACUAGUUCUUGUAUUGAACCUAGCACAUUGCCUACUGCCUUGUUCCUUCCACUUAUUGGACGAGAGAGUUAUGAUACAGCACCAUUGCGGAACACUGCUGCAGAUUGGUGCUUUGAUCACCAGAGUCAGGCCUUUGCUCCAAUUGCUAAUGCAGUUACUGGUGACAAGAGGGCGGUUCGCAUAGAUGAGGGUAGGAAGAAGAGUACGAACAGUAACAAGAAAGCCCGUAUCGUUGCCCCAGUAUUGAGGACCUUAAGUUCAAGUGCUCUUGAUGAUGAGGCCAAUAACGAGCUUAUCAAUCACAGCAGCUCUGAAGAUGAUUCCAUUGGCAUGUGUGAGGAGUCUGUUGUUCUGAAACAAAGAAGCAGUUCAAGAGGUCGUAGUCGGUCCUCAAAGAAUUCACAGAGCGUUUAUGCAAAGAAGAGAAGAGAGAGGAUUAAUGAGAAGCUAAAAACACUGCAGCAGCUAAUUCCCAAUGGCACCAAAGUUGACAUGAGCACUAUGCUGGAAGAAGCAGUUCAGUACGUCAAGUUUCUGCAGCUUCAAAUAAAGCUGUUGAGCUCUGAUGAGACAUGGAUGUACGCUCCUCUUGCCUACAACCACAUGACCAUUGAUAUUAAUAUGAAUUCUUCUGUGAAGCAAUGAUGACCGUCCAAAAAGAAUUGGGCAAACUGAUCAUAAUUCAGAAGGAGGGACCUGUCAAGUCAAACCCAGUACAUGGUGCAUCUGCUUUUAAACCUGUAAUUAACCCUGACUUUACACAAUUCAGUUACUUCUUGUAAGUAAGAGCAAGAUAUUCAUUUAUGAUAAAAUAGGUGCAAGGAUCUGCCUUGUCAUAUGACAAAAUAAUGUAUCAAAGAUUUCUACACUUGUUAUGACCACGAUAUCAAAGUGGCCUGUACUUUGAGCUUUGAUACUCUGAAACUGAAUGGAGCUGAUGAAAUUCAUUCGGC